AUGUCUUCAAAGGAAGCACAUGAGGAUAAGGAUUUCUCGUCCAACGACGAGAACCACUCGUAUGCUGAGUCUGUUCAGAGCUUUGCAAGAGGCGCAGAUGAUGCCGAGCAGUUGGGUGUCACAUCACAAUUGUCUCGUCACUUGAGCCAAAUGUUGUCCAAUGAGGAAGGUGUUGAAAGAUUGGCUUCGAUGGCAAGAGUUUUGUCUACCAAGACGAAAAAGCAGAUGGAAAAGUUCGAAGUCGAUACACUGGAUUUCGAUCUUCGUGCAUUGCUGAAUUAUUUGAGGUCGCGUCAGUUGGAGCAAGGUAUCGAGCCAGGUGAUUCCGGCGUUGCCUUCAGGAAUUUAACCGCUGUCGGUAUCGAUGCGUCCGCUGCUUUUGGACCGAGUGUCGAAGAAAUGCUUCGUGGUAUUGUCUCAGCACCUAAGCAUCUUGGUCGUCUUUUUGGUAGAAAGACAGAUCUCCCAUUGAGAAAUAUCAUUCAAAAUUGUACCGGUGUGGUCGAGUCUGGUGAAAUGUUGUUUGUCGUCGGACGACCUGGCGCUGGUUGUUCUACUCUUCUAAAGUGUGUGUCAGGCGAGACGGGUGAAUUGGUCGAAGUUCAAGGUGAAUUUUCUUACGAUGGGUUGGACCAACAUGAAAUGAUGUCCAACUAUAAGGGUUACGUUAUCUACUGUCCUGAGCUGGAUUUCCAUUUCCCAAAGAUCACGGUGAAGGAAACCAUUGAUUUCGCUUUGAAAUGUAAGACUCCUCGUGUUAGAGUGGAUCAAAUGACUAGAAAGGAGUAUGUCAACAACAUUAGAGACAUGUGGUGCACUGUGUUCGGCUUAAGGCACACGUAUGCUACCAAAGUCGGAAACGAUUUUGUGAGAGGUGUUUCUGGUGGUGAAAGAAAGCGUGUCUCUUUGGUCGAAGCGCAGGCUAUGAAUGCUUCGAUUUAUUCUUGGGAUAAUGCUACCAGAGGUUUGGAUGCUUCCACUGCGCUCGAAUUUGCGCAAGCUAUUAGAACUGCGACAAAUAUGGUUAACAACUCGGCGGUUGUAGCAAUUUAUCAGGCCGGUGAGAAUAUUUAUCAGCUUUUUGAUAAGACUACCGUGCUUUACAAUGGCAGACAGAUUUACUUCGGCCCAGCUGAUAAGGCUGUGGGUUAUUUCCAAAGAAUGGGAUGGGUGAAACCAAAUAGAAUGACGUCUGCGGAAUUCCUGACCAGCGUCACUGUCGAUUUUGAAAACAGAACCUUAGAAAUCGCCCCCGGUUAUGAGGACAAAGUCCCAAAAUCUGGUGCUGAGUUUGAGGAGUACUGGUUAAAUUCGGAAGAAUACCAGGAAGUUUUAAGAAGUUACGAUGAUUAUCAAGCAAGACAUCCACCAGAGGAAACCAGAGACAGAUUAGAGAUAGCUAAAAAGCAGAGAUUACAAGCAGGUCAACGUGCCAGCUCUCAAUAUGUUGUCAACUACUGGACACAAGUCUGGUAUUGUAUGAUACGUGGUUUUCAAAGAGUUAAGGGUGAUUCUACAUAUACGAAAGUUUAUCUGUCGUCUUUCUUAAUCAAAGGUUUAGUUGUCGGUUCCAUGUUUCAUAGAAUUGAUCCCAAGAGUCAGUCAACUACUGCAGGUGCAUACUCUCGUGGUGGUUUGCUUUUUUAUGUCUUACUUUUCGCCGCUGUUACCUCUUUGGCAGAAAUAGCUAAUUCCUUCGCGACCAGACCAAUAAUUGUGAAACAGAAAUCAUACUCAAUGUAUCACAUUUCAGCUGAGUCAUUGCAAGAAAUUAUCACUGAUAUCCCAACUAAACUGGUGGCUAUUAUCAUUUUGUCACUUGUUUCUUACUGGAUUCCAUAUCUAAAAUUCACCGCUGCUGCUUUCUUCCAAUAUUUGCUUUACCUGUUUACCGUGCAACAAUGUACUUCCUUCGUGUUCAAGUUCGUUGCUACGCUCACAAAAGAUGGUGAAACUGCUCAUGCUAUUGGUGGUCUUUGGAUUCUGAUGCUUUGUACCUAUGCGGGUUUCGUUUUGCCUAUCGGCCAAAUGCACCACUGGAUCAGAUGGUUCCAUUACUUGAAUCCUCUGACUUAUGGAUUCGAAAGUUUGAUGUCAACCGAAUUUCACGGAAGAGAAAUGUUAUGCAGUCAAUUGAUACCCAGUGGCCCCGGUUAUGAGAACGUGUCAAUCGCCAAUCAGAUUUGUCACGCCGCGGGCGCUAUUAAAGGUCACCUAUACGUGAGUGGAGAUACCUAUAUCAAAAGCCAGUAUCACUUUGCAUACAAACACGCAUGGAGAAAUUGGGGUAUCAAUGUUGUUUGGACUUUCGGUUAUAUUGUGUUCAACGUCGUUCUGUCGGAAUUCUUGAAGCCCUUGGAGGGCGGCGGUGAUUUACUACUGUACAAGAGGGGGCAUAUGCCUAGUUUUGGUACUGAAUCUGCUGAGGCUAGAACUGCAACGAGAGAAGAAAUGAUGGAAGCUCUGAAUGGGCCAGGCGUCGACUUGACAAAAGUUAUUGCUGAAAAGGAUGUGUUUACUUGGAAUCAUUUGAACUACGUCAUUCCCUAUGAUGGCUCCACGAGACAGCUACUAAGUGAUGUCUUCGGUUAUGUGAAGCCAGGUAAAAUGACAGCGCUAAUGGGUGAAUCCGGUGCUGGUAAAACGACUCUGCUUAAUGUCUUGGCCCAAAGAAUCAAUAUGGGUGUCAUAACCGGUGAUAUGCUUGUCAACGCAAAGCCCCUACCUGCUUCUUUCAACAGAUCUUGUGGUUACGUCGCUCAGGCUGACAACCAUAUGGCCGAACUUUCAGUUAGAGAAUCUCUGAGAUUUGCCGCCGAAUUGAGACAACCUGCGUCUACACCAUUGGAGGAAAAAUAUGAGUAUGUCGAAAAGAUCAUCACUUUAUUAGGUAUGCAAAAUUACGCGGAAGCUUUGGUCGGUAAGACUGGUAGAGGUCUUAAUGUCGAACAGAGGAAAAAGCUAUCUAUUGGUGUUGAACUGGUCGCAAAACCUUCUUUGCUGCUCUUUUUGGAUGAACCUACGUCUGGCCUGGACUCUCAAUCUGCAUGGUCCAUCGUUCAGUUCAUGAGAGCUUUGGCUGAUUCAGGACAAUCUAUUCUUUGUACCAUUCAUCAACCUUCUGCUACGCUGUUUGAACAGUUCGAUAGGUUGUUGCUAUUGAAAAAAGGUGGUAAAAUGGUCUACUUUGGUGAUAUCGGCGAAAACUCAAGCACUUUGUUGAGUUACUUCGAGCGUCAAUCUGGUGUCAAGUGUGAUAAGUCUGAAAACCCUGCUGAGUAUAUGCUGAAUUGUAUUGGUGCCGGUGCCACGGCUAGUGCAGAUGCUGAUUGGCACGAGCUAUGGAAAAAUUCUCCUGAAUGUGCUGCUGCGAGGGAAGAAGUCGAGGAGCUUCAUCGCGUUCUUCCAAGCAGACCCACCGCUGACGAUCCCGAAUUGGCUGGCAAAUUUGCUGCCUCUUAUGCGACUCAAAUGAAGGCCCUAGUCAGGAGAACCGCACUGCAGUUUUGGAGGUCACCGGUCUAUAUCAGAGGUAAAUUUUUGGAGUGUGUUUCUUGUGCGCUUUUUGUGGGUCUUUCCUACGUCGGUGUCAAUCAUUCCAUUGGCGGCGCUCAACAAGCUUUUUCCUCCAUUUUUAUGAUUUUACUGGUUUCGGUGGCCAUGAUCAACCAAUUGCAGGUCUUCGCCUAUGCAAGCAGAGAGCUGUAUGAAGUGAGAGAAGCAUCCUCCAACACUUUCCACUGGAGUGCCCUGCUAUUGAGUCAUUUCCUGGUCGAAACAAUGUGGUCCACCGCGUGUCAAUUUAUGUGUUACAUUUGCUACUAUUGGCCUGCCCAGUACAGCGGCAGAGCAUCGCACGCAGGUUUCUUCUUUUUCUUCUACGUGUUGAUUUUUCCCGCUUACUUCUGUUCUUAUGGUCUGUGGAUCUUGUACUUGUCUCCAGAUGUCCCUUCUGCUUCGAUGAUCAACUCCAAUCUGUUCGCUGCCAUGCUUCUGUUCUGUGGUAUAUUACAGCCAAGACAGAAAAUGCCUGGUUUCUGGAGAAGAUUCAUGUACAACGUCUCGCCCUUUACUUACGUCGUCCAAGCUUUGGUCGGGCCCUUGGUGCACAACAAACCGGUUAUCUGCUCAGAACAUGAAUUCACUGUCAUGGAUCCACCGGCGGGCCAAACCUGUGGCGAGUAUUUGGGUACGUACUUGAGCAACAAUCCAGGUUAUCUGGUCAACCACGACGCCACAGAGAAUUGCCAAUACUGUCCUUACUCCAUGCAAGAUCAAGUGGUUGCCCAGUACAACGUCAAAUGGGAUCAAAGAUGGAGAAAUUUCGGUUUCAUGUGGGUUUACAUCGCUUUCAACCUAUUCGCCAUGUGUGCUUGCUACUACAUUAUGAGAGUCAAGGUCUGGUCACUCAAAUCUGUGCUGGAUUUCAAGAAGUGGUUCAAUGGUCCUAGAAAGGAAAGACAUGAGAAGGAUACGACCAUCUUCCAGCAAAAGCCAGGUGACGCUGAUAAAAUCAAGAAAAACUGA